CUUUAACUAUACAGAUCUUUGUCGACAAGGUAAUGGUUCUACUUUUUAAGAUGCUGUCUAGGUUUGUCAUCACUUUUCUCCCAAGAAGCAGGCGUCUUUUAAUUUCUUGACAGCUGUCACCAUCUGCCGUGAUCUUAGCACUGCAAAAAUCAGUCUUCCAAUUUCUCAAAAGUUUUCUUCCUCUGCGAAACCAGGCUUUGAGUUUUCUGUCUUGUUCUGCUGGCACUUGAGGAUUUCUUUAGAAUCCCUUCAAAAUUCAGGACUAGAUCUAAGGAACAGCUGUGGGGCACCCGGUGGCGAGGCCUGAUGGGGUGCCUGGAUCGAUGGGGCAGAUAGUGUUGACAUGCAGAGGGCCGCAAGGCCAGCUGGCUAGCCCCCCGCUGAGUCGUCUCCUUCCAGCCGUCCCACUGCGAAGACCCAUCGGCUUCUGCUCUGACAUAACUCAGCAACCUGGGCUUCAAAGCCAGGGCACACUAUCGGCAGAUCGAACUGCACACACAGAAUAGGCGUGAGGCUUGUGAAGGCAUACUACAACUACAGAUUUAUUACUCAUAAAUCAGGACAAAAACAUGCAUCUCUCUUUCUUCUCAGAGAGACUGGGAAAAGCAAGUUCCCAGCAAGCUGUGCUGGAAUGAAAACAGACAUGUGACACACAACAGUUCCACACGUCAGCUCCUUAAGGUGGAAUGGAAAUUCUCAACAGAUAGUAGGGCUGUGCAAAGCCCUGAUAAUCUCUACUGGCAGACAGAACAUCUCCCACCAGCAGCUGAGGACCAGACCACUCCAGGUUCAACUUCAUCACCAGAGUUGGUGUGAUAGGUAGCACACUGAAUCAUAAAAUUAUAGAGUUGGAAGAAAACCCAAGGAUCAUCCCAUCUAAUCCCCUGCAAUUGAGGAAUCACAACUGAAGCAUCCAUGACAGAUGACCAUACAACCUCUGCUUAAAAACCUACAAGGAAGGAAGAUUACACUACCAUCCAUUUUUUUAAGUCCCUAGGAAAAUUCAUCAGCAUUAUACAGGGGAGCAUGUGGUUCUCUAUACGCACUCCUAAUAUACGCAUCAUUUAUGCAAUUUUGCAAAUAUACAAUUUUCAUGCAUGCAUCAUGCAUAUACAAAUAUAAAACAAAACAUAUCAGUAUAUAUAUUAGAGACUAGAGGAUCACUAGUUCCCCAAGCCUGCAAUAAAGCCUGGAUUGGUGCAUUGAAGCAUAUUUCCACAUCUGGAUCAGGGCCAUUUGGUAUGCUAAGUAAAUAUGGGAUAUUCAUUAAAAGUCAGGUGUCUGCAUGAUCAGUUGGACAAGUUAAAGGUUUCCUUGCAUUAUCGUCAUAGCUUUCAUAAUGGAAGCCAAAAUACCUUGAACAACUAAGAGUCUGACAGAAACUAAUGGGAUUUUUAAAAAACAUCAUGAAUCAAACUCAGGCAUUCACUGCCUUUAAUGAAUAUUUGAAUUUGUAUUCGUAUCUGGAGAGAACCUCUCCUCAGAUUUAGAAUAGAUUAAUUCCUCUUAAUUAAUUCAACUUGCCUUCAUUGAGCUUGUGUUUGUGUAAUUUACUUUAAUUUGCUUCACCUUUGUUUAAUUUGUUUGCCUCAUCUUUACGAAGGAGAAUGUAAAACUGACACAAAGGAACUUGGCAAAAAACCCUCUGAAUUCCAAAGCAAUUCAUUUUGCCAAUCCAGUAGCAUAGCCUGAAUCAUAUACCAUAUGUUAUCUGACUGGCGAGUAUAUAUUUAUUAUAUAAGAUCAAAGAUUAGGGUCAGUUAUCUGGUGCGGUUGUUGUGUAGGUUAUUGUAGCUGUGUUGAUGCAGGCUAUUAUCCUGUCCAACUCAGUCCAAUUUAAGCAGGGAAGGGAGUCAUCAAAGGCUGGGCGAACAAAUUGUAGUGCAAGCAAGUCAAGGGGUUAAGAACAGAUAUGUUUGCACCUGCAUGGCUAUUUAUUUAUUUAAGAAUAUUAUUGGGCUACUUUUCUGGGUGAUCACUUGUCCAAAGUGCUUUGAAAAUAAUAAUAAUAAUAAUAAUAAUAAUAAUAAUAAUAAUAAUAAUAAUAAUUUAUUAUUUAUAUCCCACCCAUCUGGCUGGGCUUCCCCAGCAACUCUGGGCAGCUUGCAAGAAAAUAUUAAAAUACAUCAAACAUUAAAAGCUUCCCUAAACAGGGCUGCCUUCAGAUGUCUUCUAAAAGUCUGGUAGUUGUUCUUCUCUUUGACAUCUGGUGGGAGGGCAUUCCACAGGGCAGGCGCCACUACCGAGAAGGCCCUCUGCCUGGUUCUCUGGAAUUUGGCUUCUCGCAGUGAGGGAACCGCCAGAAGGCCCUCGGCGCUGGACCUCAGUGUCCGGGUAGAACAAUGGGGGUGGAGACGCUCCUUCAGAUAUACUGGACCGGGGCCGUUUAGGGCUUUAAAGGUCAGCACCAACACUUUGAAUUGUGCUUGGAAACGUACAAUGAUUAAGUCAUUGUAAAUAAUACCAAAAAAAACAAAAAAAACACUGAAAAUUACAACACUGAACAUUUUAUAAAAAUCCAAAUUCAAAGGAAUGUAGUUUCAUUCUGGAAACCAGUUUGAGGAAUGCAUGAGCAUGCAAUUGGACUAGAAACUAAAUCCAGAAGCAUCUCCAGUCAAAUAUCUUUGAAUCUUAUUCUUCUGAGGCAAGGAACAGCAAAUGAGCCCUAACUUCGUUAUAUUACACAUCUGAACUGCAGUCUAAGAAACAGAUAAAAGCUCCUCAGUUCAAGUCUCCUAAGUACAAUGGUGUAAACUGGGAAUCUGGAUCUCCUGCUUCUCACCUCGUAUGGGCAACACCAUCACAGCAUUGCAUCAUGACCACAACCAGUCUUUACCAGCAACCAGAGAGCAGGGGGGAGGAGCCUUCAAGAGAUUUAAAUUUGACCCACAAGGCUCCCAAAAGCUCAGCUGCCAACACCUGACACCCUAUGUUGCUGUUUUUUAAACGUAUUUUUUCUUAAAGAUUUCUUGAUUUACAAAAGUCUGUGCAAUGUCUCUUUUUCAAGUUACAUUUUCUACAGAUCAGUUUCAUUUGUCGAGAUAUUAGUGUUAGAUUAGGAAGAAAGGGGGGAAAGAGGUGGAGGGGCCAUGGUGAGGGGUUGGGGUUGGGGGACGAUGUUUCUAUUUUACGUGUGGGGUUUUGUGUCAGCGUCGCUUCUGCGGGUUCUCUUUACUAUUCGCUUGUGUUCCUUUGGUGUUGAGAGUGGUUGGGGUUGGCCUAGGGUGUAGUUGUUUAUUUGUGAUUGGCUAUAGCGACCUUUGUUUUCAUGUGUGAGUGGGGUGGGUGUUUUUGAAUCAGGUAAGCCAUUUAGAUUCACAUGCUCUUGGUGGAUUCUUGUUGUUGUCUUGUUGGGCUGUGUAUGUGAUAAAGGGGAGCCAUACCGGGGUGAAGGCAUCUUCUUCUAUUUGUCCCUGUGUCAGUUUCAGUUUAUUGGUUAGUUUUCCUAAUAAGGCUGUUUCGCAUACUAUUUGGUACCAUUGGUCCAUGCUUACUUCUGACAGGUCUCUCCAGUGUUUGGCUAUGAUGUUUCUGGCUGCUGAGAGUAGGUGGGUUAUGAGCUCUUUGUGAUGUGAGUGGGCAUUAUUGUCUUGGAAGAUGUUUAGUCGGGCCAGUUCUGGGGUGACUUCUAAUACUUGCUUAGUUAUUUUGCAUAUUUUUCAUAUGGUUGUUGUCUAGAAUAUGACUUAGCCUGAUCUUUUAUUCCCCUUCCUUCCCCCCCACUCUCCUUUUUAUGAAGAUUACGCGCUCUGGGAUCCCACAGCUAAUUCUCCCCUGGUCUUCUCGCUGGCCUAAAUAGGACUAAUUUAGUCAGCAAGCCCUG